GAAGGAGAGACGCUUCGGACUGACGGCGGGCUGAAGGAGAGAUGGUUUAAAAAUACUCCUCUGUUACUAGAAAUAGAUCCGGUUUGGACGAACCGGGUCGGUGGACCAAGACCUCGGGACCUCGGGACCUCGGGAGCGCCUAGGGUCGUGCGCGUUUUUCGGAAACCAAAAGUUUGUGGAACAACAGCGUCAGCGGGGGGAAGCAGCAGCUCUUUUUUUUUUCUUUUUUUGAAUCAGUUGGUCUCCUGAAAACGGGAACUGAAACCCCCAGAGGAAAGCCGGUCUGGGUUCCUCUGGUCCCGUCCCGGACGGUUCACUUACUUCGCCCUGACGCGUCCCGAGCGCAACAACCCGCGGGUCCCGGAGCGGCUGGGAUGCGGUGAUGGAGCGUGUUUUCAGGAUGAAGCUCUUGUUGUCAGCUGAUCUGUCCAUGAUGACCCGCUGCAGGUUGCUGAUCCUCGCCCUGGUGUUUGCGCUCCGGAACCAGGCGGCCGGACAGCUGUCAGACCUGGAGUUCCAGCAGAGCCCCGACGUCAUCGUGUCCUCGCUGGGGCGGGCCGUGAAGAUGAGCUGUGCCCUGAGGGCCACGGGGCCGGAGGAGGAGGACCCCCCCGACGUGGUCUGGCUGCGGGACGGCGUGCCGCUGCAGCUUGCAAACACCAACCAGUUCCAGGCGCUCACCGCCAGCAACACGUGGACCAUCAAGAGCACCCUCAGCAUCGAGAAGGUGCAGCUCAUCCACAUGGGCUCCUACAGAUGUGCCGUGCAGUCCGAGACCCGCCAGACUUUAUCAGACGAGGGGAGGAUUCAGCUGGAAGGCCUUCCCCAUUUCUCCGUGGAGCCGCAGCACAUGUCGGUGGUGGCCAACGUCUCGGUGAACCUCAGCUGUGUCGCCCACGGACCCCCAGACCCCGUCAAGGUCAUCUGGCUGCAGGACGGUGUCCCGCUCAACUCCCUGGCGGACGCCGUGGCGCUGUCCCCGUCCACCCUCGUCCUCACAGGUCUGAACAAAACCAGCACCUUCUCCUGCGAGGCCCACAACCACAAAGGUGUAGCCACCUCUGGAUCCGGUACCGUCACCGUUCUUCCAGGGCAGCCUCAGAAUGUGAGGGCUGUGGAAACCACUCAGAACACUCUUCGCUUAUCGUGGCAGCUCGGUUUUGGAGGCUACUACCCGAUAAUCCGCUGCACCGUUCAGGCCAGAGAGUCAGGCCCGUCCGCCCCGGCAGGCCCCGACAACAUCAUCCACAACCAGAACGUGAACAUCCCGCCGGCCAGCCACCUGGUGGGGGACCUGGAGCCCCACCACCUGUACGCCGUCAGGGUGGCCUGUCACAGCAGCCAGGGCCCGUCGGCCUGGUCGCCCUGGGUGGAGCUGCGCACCCAGGAGGGAGUCCCGGAGAACGCCCCGGUGAACGCCACCGCCAGGCCCAACGGCACCGAGGUGCUGCUGUCGUGGCAGGAGCCUCCGGGGCGGCUGAACGGAGACCUGCGGGGCUUCGUGGUGGAGUACAGCACCCCCGCCGCGCAGCAGUUGGUGGUGGACGCCGGCCUGGACACGGAGCUGUCCAUCAACCUGUCGGUCCCCCUGUCCAACGUGACGUUCCGGGUGUGCGCCUACACGGGGGCGGGGCAGGGACCCUGGACCCCCCCCCAGACGCUGGUGCUCAACUCUCCCGAAACGGGCAAAUACAGCGGUGAUUCCUCCCCGCCGGCCUUUUCCUGGCACUGGUGGUACGUGGUGAUGGCCAUCGCCGGCGCCGUGGCCAUCGCCGUGUUCAUGGCCGUUUACGUGGCCAAGCUGCGGCGCAAGGAGACUCGCUUCGGGGAGGCUUUCGAGCCCAUGAUGGAGAGCGGGGAGCUGGUCGUCAGGUACCGCGCUCGCCGCACCUACAGCCGCCGGACCACCGAGGCCACACUGAACACUCUGGGCAUCAGCGACGAGCUGAAGCAGAAGCUCCAGGACGUGAUGGUGGACAGACAUAAGCUUACCCUGGGAAAGACCCUGGGAGAAGGGGAGUUUGGCUCAGUGAUGGAGGGGCUGCUGACUCAGGAGGAGUCUGCUCUCAAAGUUGCCGUCAAGACCAUGAAAAUUGCGAUCUGCACUCGUACAGAGAUGGAGGACUUCCUGCGUGAGGCUGCCUGCAUGAAAGAGUUCGACCACUCCAACGUCAUGAGGCUUCUAGGUGUGUGCCUGCAGACGGUGGAGAGCGAAGGCUACCCGUCUCCUGUGGUCAUCCUGCCCUACAUGAAGCACGGAGACCUGCACAGCUACCUGCUCUACUCCAGGCUGGGAGACUGUCCCGUGUACCUCCCGUCUCAGAUGCUGGUCAAGUUCAUGACGGACAUCGCCCGGGGCAUGGAGUACCUGAGCAGUAAAAACUUUAUCCACAGAGACCUCGCCGCGCGCAACUGCAUGCUGAAUGAGAACAUGAACGUCUGCGUGGCCGACUUCGGCCUCUCUAAGAAGAUCUACAACGGCGACUACUACCGUCAGGGCCGGAUCUCCAAGAUGCCCGUCAAGUGGAUCGCCAUCGAGAGCCUGGCCGACCGCGUCUACACCACCAAGAGUGACGUGUGGUCGUUUGGAGUCACCAUGUGGGAAAUCGCCACUCGGGGCCAGACGCCGUAUCCUGGAGUGGAAAACAGCGAGAUCUACGAUUACUUGAGACAAGGAAACCGUCUCAAACAGCCCCCAGACUGUCUGGACUGCAUCUACAACCUGAUGUUCUCGUGCUGGCUGCUGAGCCCGAAGGACCGCCCCUCGUUCGAGACGCUGCGCUGCGAGCUGGAAAAGGCGCUGGAGGAUCUGCCGGACCCCCAGGACCCCGACGAGAUCCUCUACGUCAACAUGGACGAGUCCUCCAUGGAGCUGGGGGCCGUGGGCGGCCGGGACCCCGCCGGGGGGCCCACGCCCCUGUGCCUGAAGGCGCUGGACUCCGUGACCACGGCGGAGGUGCACCACCCCACCCCCAACCGCUACGUCCUCUGCCCCCAGCACGAGAGCAGCCGCGCCCUCUCCGACUCGCUGGAGAGCCUGGACAUGCCGGUGUCGUCGUCCACGGCGACGCUGGCCCUGCAGCCGUCCUGCCGCUCCACCCCCAACCCCACCCCCGACCCCGCCCUGGCCAUGGAGCUGGUGGAGGACAGAGACGGAGCCAGGAAGAUGCCCUGGCAGUGACGGACUCACUCUUACACAACGACAGGACUGGUCCCCUCCCAGUCCGAGAACGAGCCUCCUGCAGCCCCGGCCCCGACCCCGGACUGCAGGAAACCUCACGCCCCCCGAACUGAUUUUGCACAGACAGACAGACACACAGCCGAAGGCAUUCCCAGGAAGUGAAGGAUGGGGUUUUUCCCUCUUUCUAGUCCAUCUUGUUUGACGGUGACUUGAGAGGAACACCUUUCCCGGCUCCGAACAGUGGGCGGGGCUUGGAGUGGGCGGGGCUUGGAGUGGGCGUGGCUGCAGCACAAUCACAGAGAUGAUUCCCAAACCUCCUCAGCAAAAGCAACCAUUUUUUGUUUCUGCACGCAGCGGCGACUAAGCUAAAGACAAGACAUCAAAGUUCUGUGAAACCAGCUCAGACACUGCCACUGACUGGGACCAAACUGAGCAUGCUCAGAUCAGGGACCAGCCCCCACCUGAGGAAACGGUUUCUCUGACGACUCCAUCCAUCCUGCGUCUGCUCUGAACUCGUAUAGGACGGCAUCAAUGUUCAUGUUCCUUGUUGUUUUUCUCAGAAUGCUAAAAUGAGUUGUUUUUUUUAACUUUUUGCCUGAUUUUUAGUCAUCAGUCAAUCGCUUUAGCUACGAUUCGCUUUUACCCCCUACAGAGAAUAAGAGCCUUUCAAAUUUAGAGAUAGAGAUAAACAAAGACGAGUUUAAAGAAACUAAUCGGUGAUAAUAUUUGAAGGUGUUUUGAGGGACGUAAACGCGGUUGUAGUCGACGUCCCAGCCCAGUGUAGCACUAACAACCGCCGGUACCGGUGUCACUGACGGUUCUGCAUUGAGCCAUUUACUGAGCACUGGGGGGGGGGGGCAGGUAACACACCUGUGCACAUCCUGGUCCGUCCACCUGAACCCGAUCCACUCCAGCAGAGGUACCAGAGGUGCAGCGGGUACGAGCACGACGGACUUACGGACCCAACGACCAGACGAGCCCUCGCCUUCGUAUCAAGCACAGUGUUAUUACACCUUUGUAUUUUGUACGCCGGUUUUUUACAUAUAUAUAUAUAUUUCUACAACUUUGCACUAAUGUUUUUUAUAUAUACAGUAUCUGUGUGUGUUAAUAGUUUGUGCGUCUUUCACGGCUUUUUCAUUUCAUGUUUUGAUCAUUGUAAAUUCAGCUGACUCGUUAACUUGGAGGGGAAAGCGCGGGAAAAUGUUGUUUUUAUUUCCUUCCUGUUAAUGAUCAGACGUGAUCCCGUCCAGCCUGUGAUGGGAAGGCGUGUCCAGAUGUGCCCAGAUGUGCCCAGGGGUCCGUUUCACAAAGCAGGUUCAACAAACUCUGAGUCUAAUCCUGAACUCUUAGUUGAUCUACUCUAAGUAGUUUCACCUGGAGUUAAGCGCGUGCACCACAACUAUCAAAAGCCAGCAUCUAUGGAGCCCCGAUUCCACGAGUCACCAUGGCAACGGGAAAGAGGAGGUCUGCUUUUUUCACCCGAAUGGAAUUAGAGAUUUUAAUGCGCGCAUACGGUGAAUUUGAACAUGUUUUUCGAAAAAAGAGUAACACCGCAGCACACAAUAUAAUAUAAAAUUAAUUUAACAGAUCUCCACAUCAUUCACCUGCAAUCCUGUGGAACUCCUUGAUGGCUUGGACAGGUUUAUGUAGGUUUGUUCCGUAACUGGGAAUUAAAAGUUGCGUUCUGUAUUGAACCAAUACAGACACAUAUUAUGCUCUUAUUUAUUUAUGUAAUAAUAUACAGGUGGAGGUCGGAAAAUUUGAAUAUAUUGCGAAACUUCAUUCGUAGUAAAUUCAACUUAAGGUGAAAUAAUAAACAAAUAUUAUUUCCCACUACAUGCAAAGUGAGAUAUUUCAAGCCUUUAUUUGUUAUAAUUUUGAUGAUUAUGGCUCACAGUUUAUGAAAACCCCAAAUAAAAAAUCUAAAAAAAAUUGAAUAUAUUAUGAAAUCAAUAAACAAUUAAAUCAUCAAAAUUAUAACAAAUAAAGGAUUAACAUAUAUUGCUUUGCCUGUAAUGAGACUAUGUAUAAUGUACAUGUAUUACGUGGUCUGAUAACCAUCUCCCGACGAAUAUUUAAUUCUCUGCGCAUUAAUUCUGCACCUUCAUCAAUUGUGUCUUCAUCAAAAGGACAUGCCAUGUUCGUGACAAUGGACUUCUAAUAUAUAUACUGACUCUGUUUUUAAUGACAGACGGCAGAACUUCGACAAAACUCGCCUGCUGACUGAAUUAAUGAGAAAAUCAAAUGUGCGUGCGGCUCUGGAAGAGGCGGAGACGCAGAGAAACUCCAGGUUCAUUCAUAUAAACCUGGUCCCGACCAGGUUAGGUUCAGAGCGUCUGUUACUACGGUAACUGACCGAGAGCUUAAGUUACCUCUCUUUGUGAAACAGGCUAGAGCAGGGGUUGCAUGCGGCUCUAGAGCCGCCCUAGUGGCUCCUGGAGCUUUUUCAAAAAAUGUUGACCUUUUUUUCUUUUUUUUCUUCUUUUUCCUCUGUUUUCUUUUUUUUCUCUUUAUUUUCUUCUUUUUUUCUUUUUUCUUCUUUUUUUCUUCCUUUUUCCUUUCUUUUUUAAUCUCAACAUUUCAACUUUUUUCUCGAAAUUUCGACUUUUUUCUCAACAUUUCACCUUUUUUCUCGAAAUUUCAACUUUUUUCUCAACAUUUCGUCUUUUUUCUCGAAAUUUUCUCGAAAAAAAUCUUUCCCCAGUUAUAACUAAUAUAGAAACAUACAACGUGUUGUCUUCAUUCUAAGGCUUAUACAAGACUUUUCAUUUUUUGCGGCUCCAGACAUAUUCGUUUUUUGUGUUUUUGGUCCAAUAUGGCUCUUUCAACAUUUUGGGUUGCCGACCCCUGGGCUAGAGUUACCUCUCUCUCUCUGGUUUGAGUUACCUCCCUUUGUGAAACGGAAAACUCAGAGUUUCCCUCAUUUCAGGGUUAACAGACUCAGAGUUUUCACUAAACCUGCUUUGUGAAACGGACCCCGGGUGUUGCUCUGGUCAGAGGUCGGUCACCAGCGGCGUCGGAGGGGACGGGGAGAUCACCCCAACCUUGGCUUUGACGAACUUUCCCCACGCAUGCACUUAAUUCUCUUUAUCUUUGUAAAUACAUUCGGUAUGUUUCACCUUAGUUUAGCACCCAGGCAUGGGAGUGGUUUUGUGGCACAUUCCUGCACAUAUUUGGGGAGAGGAAAUGGUUUGAUGAGGUGCUGUGUUUCUUUGUUGUGUACAUCAGAGGUACUUGUAGAAUAUGCAUAACCAUGGUAUUAUAUACCAUUAGCGUUGAUAUAAAGAUUGUAUUCAUUGAUCCCUUCGGUACUGUACCCCAGUGGGCGUCCUCCCUGCAGGUACAACCCCCCCCACCGUUUCAUCCCCCUGUUUCACCCCUGGCUUCAGGGCUUUGGUCAAACAUCCAAUAGAAACUGAAACUACUUCUUGAACUUUACUAAGUGCCUUCAAAGAGCCAGUAUUUUGGAUUACACUAGAUGUACGUUUGGAUUGUGUCUCUCCUGUUUUUCUUUUUUUUUUUGUUUGUACAAUAAAUGUCUUUAUAUUGUCGCUGUCAGGAUUUGUAAGCAGCCUUUUAUACAGUACCUACAGUAUUUUGCAUAAGAAAUAAAAGGAGAUCUUUAAAGAA